AUCCAGCCUGCCCAAAAAAAUUUAAUUAUGUUAAUUUAGUGUAUUAGAUUUUUAAAUAUUAAGUUAUUUAUCAUGUUUUUGAAUGUACCCUGACCUCAUCCACCUAUAUUGAUUGAUUGCUUCAAUUCUCUAUCCUUAUUUUGUAAUUCAAAAUGAUAGAUAAACACAACCGCUGCUUAGGUGGCUUAUGGCUUGUCCGUGAUGUUUGUGGUAUCAUUUGUGCCAUAUUUACCUGGUUACUUAUUCUUUUUGGUGAAUAUGUUGUGAUGAGAUAUAUAUUACUACCUGAGGAAGAUAGUUUUUACAAAUUUGUCAACAUCAUCAUCUUCCAAAUACUAGCAUUCCUCGCUAUAAGUAGUCAUUUGAGAACUAUGUUCACAGAUCCUGGAGCAGUGCCACGAGGAACAGCCACUAAAGAAGCAAUCGAAUCAUUAGGUCUAAGUGAAGGUCAAGUGUUGUAUAAGUGUCAAAAAUGUUGUAGCAUAAAGCCUGAAAGAGCUCAUCAUUGCUCUGUAUGUCAAAGAUGUAUUAGAAAAAUGGAUCAUCAUUGUCCCUGGGUUAACAAUUGUGUUGGUUUGAACAAUCAAAAAUUCUUUGUCUUGUUUACCUUUUACAUAGCGUUGAUAUCUUGUCAUGCCCUUCUUCUGGCUGUUUUCCACUUCAUAAAGUGUGUUGAAACUGAUUGGAAGCAAUGUGGACCUAAAUCUAAUGGUCAUUCAAACCCUAAUCCCUCCCAUAUUGGUCCAGCUCCAUGGACCAUUAUUCUACUUGUAUGCCUUGUGUUUGAAUCGCUUUUGUUUGCGAUUUUCACUUUCAUUAUGUUUGGUGUGCAAAUUCAAGGAAUUUAUAAUAAUGAAACUGGAAUCGAAUCUCUUAAAAGAGAGAACAAAACUUGGCGCAAAAGAUCACUUAAAAGUUUUCGCGAUGUAUUUGGUAAAGGGUUUAGUUUAACUUGGCUAUCUCCAUUCACAAGGCCGAUUAUUGGAGGCAAAUUGGAGAGCAGUUACUCUUAUGCGGUUUAAAACGACAUUUUUCAAUCAAUUGAAAUAUCUUGAAUGGAAAGAUUUCAUGAAAUCUUUUAUUGCAAUAUUUGCUUGAUCAUUUCGAGUUGAUUAAAUUAUUUUAUGAUAAUGAAGUCAAAAUGGUACAAAACGACUGGUACACCGAUUCCUUGUAAAGCAUGAUAACUAACCAUUAUCUCAGCUUGAUCAUCUAUAUUGUGGAAAACUGAGUUUUUCAAUCACGAUAUGAAAACUCUAUUUUAUAAACUAAGACUUAUCAUGAGAUUAGGUCACAAGUGUUUUUU